CGCGCUGCCGCGCUUUCGCCAGCGCUCCGAACGCUCAUCUGGCAAUGUCGUCGUCCCGGAAGAAGAAUCUCGGCGACGAGGCGGGCGGCGUCCGACCGAAGCCCCGGUCUCGAACGAGCCCUCAAGACGAGGAGCUUCUGCGCAGCCUGCACGCCGCGCUGUCCACGGACCGGCCGGCCGACCGGGUGGUGGACAGGGACACGCGCUUUCGCAUCGUCAAGGUGGAACCGAAGUGGCGACGGCCGUGCGACGUGCCACCGCCCAAGCUCGCCGCGUCGGAUGCGGCCACUGGAACGCCUCGGAGAGUGCGGGGCGCUAGUCCCGGAGUUUCGACCGCGCAGCUACCGGCGUGGCCCUCGCUCAAGCAGCCAAAGGCGCGCGAGAUCGCCAGCGCGAGACCGGAGGAACUCGUCGCUUCCCCGUCGACCGAGAGAAACCGCGCGGGCCAAACUUCGGCUGCAUCUCCAGCCGCCACCCGGGCCCCGCCGAAGAAGCCGAGGUCAAGGCCGCGCAAGAAGCGCAAGUCGAGCCCUCCUGUAGCGUCGCCAGACCCCGACGAAAUGGCGAAGACUACGGCUGUGUCGCGCGACGCCGUUGCGAGAAAGGAGUCGCCUGAGAACGAGGGCGACGCCGAAGAAGCAAAUUCCGCGAUGCGCGGCGUCAAGACAGCGUGCCGCCCCUCCAGGAAUCGCGACGAGUCCGAGCACAAGUCGGAGUCUCCUCCGCUGUUCCCGUUCCGGACACUCGACGUUCCUCGUUUGUCGCGGGAGCUGCCUGCCCCGGAUAAACGGAAGGAAUCGCGCUCAAAUCAGUCUUCGCAUUCAACGCGUGCUCAGGCGUCGAUUGAAGACAAUAUUGUGCCCAUGCCGAGGAAGACCGCGAGGAAGACGAAAGUGCCGCUGCGUAGCAACCUGUCCGUGUCCCGCCACAACGUCGAAAACAUGAAGAGCAGCGAAUCGAGCUGGGUCGACCGCGCCCCUCAGCCGAGGAAACGAGGGGAGAGCCAGGCCGUGCCUGGCGUUGUGGGUCCGUCGCAGUCCCACGUGGCAGGUCCUGCCCUGGAGAGCAGCAGGUACUCGAUGCAAGAAUUGGGAGCAGCACAGGCGCCGACCCCUUCGCGAAAGCACUCCGGCAGAACGGGCGACUUGUCUGUAACCGCGCUCGUGCGACCCACCGAGGCAGCUUCGCAAACGUCCCUUCACAUCGCGACUCCCGCCGAUUGGGGCUCUCUCGCCCGACUCGCCAGCGUGGGUGCAGGAGCAGCGGCAUCAGAUGCCACUACGAGCACGCAGCGUGCUUUUCAAAGUGAUGUUGAAGGGCCGGAUCACUUUCAGCAAGCACUCGGGGCCAGCAUUCCGAAACCUGCGCGUGCGAUAUCAGAUGCGUGCUUCAGUCCUUGUCUGUUGAGUCCAAAGAUCGGCGAAGCCGAGUCCAGCGAAAGGCUGGUGAGUGGCGCUACCGGCGCUGCGGGGACACUUCUCGACCAAGGAUCCGCGAAAAAAAACUUGUUCGUAACCGAGCCCCUUAGGAGCUUGAGCGUUUAUUCCCGCGACGAAGAUUGGCCACGACAUUUGCGCUCGACUAGUGGACCGACUGUUGAGAGCCAUGUGGUAGGCGCAAAGGAGAGGCCUCGCAUUUUGUCACUUAUAGACCGAGGUCAGACCUUUCAAAGCGUGGAAGACGAGAAAACGCUGCUUGCGCCCACUGUUCGUCGCCCUUCCAGCAGUCGGAGAAACGUUCCCAGUACAGCUGACGUUUCGCGUGAUGCAGCGUACGAGACGAAGGGUUCCAGCGACGAGUUGACUUUCUAUUCCGCAAACUACGCAGACGUUUCUCGUACUGCUGAAAAUCGUGAACGUUUCUAUAGCCUAGACGGUGAAGACGCGUUUCCACAGCGUGGAGCGCUUCAGGGCAGCAGCAGUUCCAAGAAAGCCGCUCAACGCUCUUCGUCCACCAUGAUGCCGCAGUGUACCUUCCCUCCCGAUGACCUUGUGUCCAAUGCUGCCAGCUUGUACAAAGUCCUAUCGCCGACGAAGCCACAAGCACAUGCGUUGGGUGCUAGCCGCAAAGAGCGACAGGGCAGGCCCAGCGUGGCAAUUCAGACAACCGAGCGUGUUCGAAGGUCGACGCUGCCGGCAAUGCGAGCAGUCGGUGUUACGGCGGAUAUGAUGAGUAAGAUGUUGCAGAGCGGUCGCAGGGAGACGGUCAGUGACAAAGGCACCAAGCAUUCCCUUAGCCUGAACGCAAGCGCCGGACCGUCAGUAGGGGGACGGAUGGUGGAUAAACCGAAAGAAGGAAACAAUGACGCGGGCGAAGCAACUGCUGCUAAUCCAGGUGACGCUGCAACAGACUCUGCGUUUUACACGGCUACUGAGAUGAGGCAGGACGAUCAGACGCGUCCCUCAGAAGGCAAGCAAGUACGCGGUAAGACGACGCGAAAGACCAUGUUACUGCGCCCCGAAAUGGGACACGCCUACAUGAACGCCAUGAAGGUGGAGUUGCUUGCCGGCGAGAAGACGCCCUCUUCAAGUCCUGAGGAUUCAUGCAUUGUUCGCAAAAGGUCAGAUAAACUAGGACCUAAAUACGACGCUUUGUUUGACCAAGCAGGGAUCGGUCCGCUUUGCACUGACUGCAGCGCUUCUGGGGAGCUGUGUAGGCACGAUAAAUGGGACCGACUUUACAGCCGAAAUGGGAGUGCCUAUGCAGCGAAGGUAACAGCAAACACGACCCAAAAUAAAAGGCUGUCUAGGAGCCGGGAUCGUCCUCAACGUUUCAGCAUGGCGCAUGGCAGACAGCUUUCUAAAGAAUUGGGUCCGUGGGGCACCUUACAUGGCUAUUCACUCUUUGGUGUACUGCCGAUGCCAGGUGGGAGACAGCCAGAUAGUAGUUGGCCGUGUUCUGGAGAAGAGGCCAUCCGUAGCCGCAACUUGGACAUAUGCCCCCCUGCGCUAGGGCGCCGUAGCCGCGCCUCCUCUGAAGUCCCCGACUCCUCGUGGGAGACGAAGUCGAGACUGUCGUUUUCACCGUCGCCAACCUCACCCGAAAAUAACGAUUCGGUUCACCUCCUCCUGUUCCCGAGAACUUCCCCUGCUUGCCUCGCCGGAGGAGAACUCGCGCUGUUUCCAGGGUCUCCCAUAUUUCGAGGCCAGCUGCCCGUGCCAUUGAUCCCUCGAGACACCUCCAUGCCCUCUGACCCUUCUUUCCGCACGGCGCGCUCCUCGUCAGAGCCGAACUUUGUCGCCACGCGACCGCGAGCAUUGCCCGGCAACCGAAAUCUGUCGGACUCCAUGCUUGCCAAUCCGAGCUCGACUGCUGCACGCGACGCCAACCUCCGUGGGACGUCGGCAAGAUCGCCCUCGGUCAUUCACAAGAAGACAGCGGAGCGCGCCGAACAGAGGCAGUUGCCUAAAGUCGCGCCGAAAAAGAAGCGUCCAAAGCAGGCCGUAAUCGUAAAACCAACCACAGCGGAGACCGACGUGACGUCACGUCAGGAUAUGCCUUAUAUUUCUACUGCUGACAGCCCAGGACUGAACGGCGUGGAGGUCUCCAUGACAACCAGAUCGCAUGGCAAGGAACUUUGCCUCUCCAUGGUCUUGGUGUCCGCAGCAGUUCUAGGCCUUGUGGUACUCGCCAGAAUCGCCGGCGGAAGCCUGUCGCACGUGAGCAUUCCGAACCUGGACACCACUGCGUCGACGGGAAUCCUCUCGAGACGUGCUGCGAAUGAAACAGUUUAUGUGCAGACGAAAACUGUCGCUACAGUGGCGCCUCCGCCGCCCGUGGUUUGCAAUCUGUCGCGCUGCCUUGAAGACGGGACCAAUAUAGCCGGGUUACUGUCCUGGGACAGUGACCCAUGCGUCGACUUUUACGAAUUCGCAUGUGCCAAGUGGAUUCAGGCGCGCGCGGUUUCCGCUUCUGUCGUGGGCGGCGCUUCGGCCUCCUUUGUUGAGGACAUGGAGCGAGACGUGGAACAGAGAGUGCCACUACUUCUGGCCGCGGUGCGCGCUCCGGAAUUCGCGCCCUUGCGACGCUUGCACGACACUUGCAACGACGUCAACUCCAUAAACGCAGCCGGCUGGGCGCCGCUGGCAGAACUCCUGCGCAUUUGCGGCUUGCCAGACUGGCCGUACGAAGAACCGGCCAUGAUGUCUCCGUGGAAAGCAGCGGCGAGGGCACUUCAAUACACCGGCGCGGAGGCAUUUGUGUCCUUGGAGGUAGCGCCGCACCCUCUUCGCAUUGACCGCGCCAUUUCCGCGUUGGACAGGCCUCUACUCGUCCUCCGUCCUUCUGAUUUGGCUGAGCAGGACGUUCACUGGCUGGAAGACACCGCGGACACGGUUAUGACAGCGUUCCGCGAGCGCCCCCGCCACCUCGCGCGCGAGUCCGUCGCCAUGGCCGUUCAGAUAGCGAGGCUGGCCUACUCGCGCGACGCCGUGUCCGACGUGCGGCUGUAUCGCGUCGUCCACCUGGGUCCGUUCCCGCAGCUGCUGGAGUUCUUGUCGACGCUAUUCGCGAACCUCUCGUCGGUUCACGCGUCGUCGGAGGUGCUGCUGCGCGCGGAAGGCUUUCUGCGCGACCUGUUGGAUCUGGCGGACGAGCACAAGAACCGGGCCCUGCUCAACUACGUGGGCCUCCGAGUCGCCGUGCACAGCUCGGCCUUCCUGCCGGACGCCGCCGGACUGCAGGCCGUUCACGGCCGGGUACUGUUCCCCCACGAGCCGCCCGGAGGCUACGUUCCGCGGGAGCGGCUCUGCGCCCGGCAAGUGGCGAGCACCAUGCCGUUCCUGUUCUUCUACGCCGUGCGGGUGCUGUUUGGCGGUGAAGCGACAAUGCGCGCGCUGACCGCGGCGCUGGAGGCGCUGCGCCGUUACCUGGCCGAGCACCUUUCGAAGCUGGCGCUGGCGGACUACUCCACCCGAGUGCAGCUGGUGAGCAUAGUGAAAGAGACGCGCUUUCACGUGCUGGGCCCUCCCGUGGUCACCAACGAGUCUCACGUCCUGGCUCACGCGCGCGCCCUCCCGACCGCUGGUGACGACGAGCCGCUUCUGUGGUUUGCACGCGUCACCGCGCACGUGGCUCAGCUGCGCUACAUGCGUCUGUCUCGCUACGUGUGGCGGGGAGGCGCCUUCGACCGCGACUGCAGCUCGGACCUGCAGGCGAACGCCGUGUUCGUGCCACCGCUCUUCCUCAACGCCAGCGGCACGCUCGACCGCAGCCUGCUCGCGCUUCAGGCGCCCCAUCUGGGAACGCGCUUCGCCCGCUGCCUGCUUCUGAUGCUCCUGGCGGGCGUCUCCAACCGCGGCAACCGGGAGCUCGUCACGCGCGGCUGGUGGUCGGACACGUCCAAGUCGGCGCUGGCCGCCCUGCGCCGGUGCCUCGCGCGCCCCUCGGGACCCGACGUCGACGACGACGAAGACGUCGGCGAACGGUCCAGGGCGGAGAAGGCGCCGCUGUCGCGCGUGGCCGAAGCGCUUGCCGUGCCGCCGGCACUCGACGCGUUCACCGAAGGUCUGCUGGCGCUGGCGGGACAGGGCCGCACCCUGCGGCUUCCUCGCGUGGAAGGCCUGACGCCGGAGCAGCUUUUUUUCGACUACUACGCCCUGUCCCGCUGCCGGCGAGAGCCGCGUCACUGGCGCGGCGGAGGCGUUGCGGCCGACGAGGUGAACGGGGCGCUUCGCCAAAGCGCUGCCUUCCACGAGGCAUUCGAGUGCGCGCGGGGACGCCCCAUGAACCGCGUCGCUCCGUGCGACUUGAGGGCUUGACCGCGCCUCGCUUGACUCUGCGGCGCUGGUGCCGUUUCCCUCGCGCGGCGCCGCGCGAUUCGUUUUUCUCUUUUGGCUUGGUGUGUGUUAACGCCAUUAUUUCCGUAGCUCGUUUCCCAUGCAGAGCGUUAGUAACUGUUGCGGUUCGGGUUUGUGCGCACUAUCCCACAGGGACCGAUGAACGUUUCGUACGUACUCGAGUAUGUCCACCUGGUUGACCUCAAAUUUAGGCUGCUUUUUCUAUGUGCAACAGGUAUGAGGAGACGUAGAACCCCGCCUUUGUUGCCUUGAGAGGGGAAAAAGGUGGCAUUUACGCUGGUUUCGACUUUGGUAUUCCCAUUUUCUAAGUUAUUAAAACGCUCCUUUUUGCUGUCCUAAA